AUCCCAACUUCGAAUUUUCUAUACCUAACUUCACCUCUCUUUCCAUAACCAGAGACAGCAAUCCAAAAUGAUGCGGUACGCUACCGCUGCCUUGCUCCUCCUUGCACUUUCGAUCAUCGCCGUUGCUGAGGCUCGUGAUAACUUCCUAAAGUUACCGUCGGAAAUUGCCGAUUUUUUCCAUCCCAAGGAGAGGAGCGACGCCGGUGGCGACUCAGUGGGGACCAGAUGGGCUGUUCUGAUUGCCGGAUCCAACGGUUACUGGAAUUACCGCCACCAGGCUGAUGUUUGUCAUGCCUAUCAAAUCCUGAAGAGGGGAGGUCUUAAGGAUGAAAAUAUUGUUGUCUUCAUGUACGAUGAUAUUGCUUACAAUGAAGAGAACCCUAGGCCUGGAGUUAUCAUUAACAGCCCUCAUGGUGAUGAUGUCUAUCAAGGAGUACCAAAGGACUAUACUGGAGAUGAUGUUCAUGCCAAAAACUUUUUAGCUGCUAUCCUGGGGGACAAAACUGCAAUUACUGGGGGUAGUGGCAAGGUUGUGGACAGUGGUCCAAAUGAUCAUAUAUUUAUCUACUAUACAGAUCAUGGUGGUCCUGGGGUUCUUGGGACGCCGUCGGGUCCUUAUCUCUAUGCAGACGAUCUGAAUGAAGUCUUGAAAAAGAAGCAUGCUUCUGGCACAUAUAAAAGUCUGGUUUUCUACCUAGAAGCUUGCGAGUCAGGAAGUAUAUUUGAGGGACUUCUUCCUGAAGAUCUAAAUAUAUAUGCUACCACAGCAUCAAAUGCUGAGGAAAGUAGCUGGGGGACCUAUUGCCCUGGAGAGUAUCCUAGCCCUCCCCCAGAAUAUGAGACCUGCUUGGGUGACUUGUAUAGCGUUGCUUGGAUGGAAGACAGCGAGAUACACAAUUUGCACACUGAAACUCUGAAGCAGCAAUAUCACCUGGUUAAAAAGAGAACCUCAAGCAGUAAUUCAGCUUAUGGCUCCCAUGUUAUGCAAUAUGGUGACCUAAAGCUGAGUUUCGAGGAUCUUUUCCUCUACAUGGGUACCAACCCUGCAAAUGAUAAUUACACUUUUGUGGAUGAAAAUUCCCUACGGCCAUCUUCAAAAGCUGUUAAUCAACGUGACGCUGAUCUGUUGCAUUUCUGGGACAAGUUCCGCAAGGCUCCUGAAGGCUCUGCGAGGAAAGUUGAAGCUCAGAAGCAGGUUGUUGAAGCUAUGUCACACAGAAUGCAUAUUGACAAUAGCGUGAAACUAAUUGGAAAGCUUUUGUUUGGAAUUGAGAAAGGUUCUGAGAUACUGAACUCUGUCCGGCCAGCCGGCCAUCCUCUUGCUGAUGACUGGGACUGCCUAAAAUCUUUGGUCAGAACAUUUGAGACAUAUUGUGGUUCACUAUCCCAAUAUGGAAUGAAACACAUGCGAUCCAUUGCGAAUAUCUGCAACGCUGGGAUUAAAAAAGAUCAGAUGGCUGAGGCGGCAGCCCAAGCCUGUGUCAGCCUUCCAUCCAAUUCAUGGAGCUCCCUCCGCCGGGGAUUCAGUGCAUGAUGAUUGUUUCAGAAAUUGAUAACAAAAUUACCUAGAAUGUGACAGCAUAUUUUUGCUUGCACAUAUGAUCAAUUAUGAUUGUAAAAUAGCCUACUUGCUUUUCAUUGGAUUUGCUUCCUUGUAAAUAAUCCUCAGAGAAGCAUAUCAUAUCUCUACCGAAAAGCCUAGGUGCUCUAUAUUUAGAUAAUGACAAUUGUCAUAUGGCUGUAUUUUUCUAGUCUUGCUGCAUCAUUGCGUUUGUGUGUGUGUGUUAGUUUAUACUGCAGCAAAAUGCUUAUGUGACAGCAUGAGAGGGGAAUAUGGGUAACCAAUGUGCUCUGUCUCAUGGAAUUGGAAGCAUAGCAUAAAUAUAUAUAUAUAUAUGAUUAUGUUUGUAAUCA